GUUGGCAAAAGCGGCCAAAAUGUGUGCCCAGGAUCCAUUUAUUCAGCACCAGCUGCCGCAACGCCAUAAUAAAACCGAGAACCACCAAUGCCACCAGCAGCGAACGGUUGCCGAUGAGCAACAGGCUCUAGGGACGAGGAAAUCGGCCACAGGAUGCGGAGCCGGUCGAAGGACAGCCGCCACCAGUCUGCAGAUUUGGUAUAUUCUACAUGUGAUACUAGUCCUAAUCGACAUUACCAGCUCGCUGACAAUGACCGAGGUGAAGAUACCUAAUCACAUAAUGCGCCUGAAGAGCGCCACUCUGGGCUGUCGUUACGCCCUCGACGGGGAGUCCUUGUACUCCGUGAAAUGGUAUAAGGAUGGCAACGAGAUCUACCGCUAUGUACCGCGCGAUAAGCCCCCCGGACAAGCGUUCCCUCUACCCGGAGUUAACAUCGAUCUGCGUAACUCCUCGGACACCCAGAUUCUCCUGCGACGCGUUACACUACAAAGUUCCGGACUGUAUCGGUGCGAGGUGUCCGGCGAGGCGCCCGCAUUCAACACCGUAUCCGAGUCGGAGACCAUGACCGUUGUGGUGACUCCCAACCACGGACCGAAGAUAACCGGCGGACAGCCGCGCUACCAAAUCGGUGACACCGUCCGCGUGAACUGCACCUCGUCGCCGUCCAAGCCCGUCUGUCACCUGAGCUGGCUAAUCAACGGAGAGCCGGUGCAGAAGGCACACCUGCGCCAGUACGACAAAGUUGUGGUGAACCGCGAUGGGCUGGAGAUGGCCAGGCUCGGAUUAGAGUUCCGAGUGAGAGCCUACCACUUCAAGCAUGGCGAUAUGAAGCUCAAGUGCGUGGCCAAGAUCAGCUCGCUUUAUCUGCAGAGCAACGAGGAGAGUGUGGAGAGCGAUCGCCAGCAGAGGGCACCGGCCCUGGAGUCUCGGGAGACGGUGGCCGCCAAGUCCAGCACGAUUGGUGGAGCCUCCUCCCAGGUGCCUUCCCACGUCGUUUCACUACUGCCUCCGUUAUUCCUGCUGCUGAUCUUUCAAAACUGGACCUGGCCCCGUGACAGUUAACUACCCCCAAGAAUAAGGAUCGCACGGACUAAGACCCAUAGGCCGGCAGAGCAGUUCGAAAUAGCAGACAUAUCCUAUGCCAAAAUCUUCGAGACAGAAAUCAUAUUAAUGACUUAAAAACCUAAACUUUGGUUAAAUUUAAAAAUUCAAUCGAUGUGUGUGUGUGUGUGCAUGAAAUAUGGGAAAAAUCCCCAAUUAAACGCCAGAUAUUGUAGCGAAAUAUCGGAAUCGUAACUACUCAAUGCGAGCAUUUAAGCAGAGGCUAAGUCAGUGUAAAUAUUUAUUAGUAGCCUUAAGGAUAUUAUUGAUAAAAGGAACUCGUUGUCUAGGCAGAACCUUGGUUGACCUUUUGUGAUAUUUUCUUCAUUUUGAAAACGAAGGGAAGCAGGGCAAGGUAGAAUUUUGUUUUGAA